AAAGGCAAAAUAAUAAAACAUUAGAUUAAAUAAAAGAAGAAUAAUAAUUAAAAGGAAUUGAAAAAUGAUAACUGUGAUGAAUACACCUCAUAUAAUAGAAUGUAAGUAGAUUCUCCUGCCUUCUUCCUUCCUGUUGCUGAUACUUGGAAGACCACUAUGAAUGGUCAGUUAUUUGGCACUUCGCAAGUAAAAAUAGAGUUGGAGAUAAAAAUGGGUUAUAUGCAAGUUUAGCUGUAUCUUAUUUGAACUAAAAAAAUAUGUAUUUUAAAUGAUAAUAAUGGCUAUCAUUUUGAAAUUUCCUUUAAUCAAAAAUGGCAGAUCAAACUUUUUGUUAUUAACAAGCAAAAUAUUUUUAGGAAAAGAUACAUAUGCCACCGGAGUUCUUUUUUGAAAGUCGAAAAGGGGAAAAAUUGCAUUUCAAAAAAUGCAAAUUGUAAAGCUUUUGUGAAUGUAGUAGUGAAGAGAAAUACCAAGUUUACAAGGCUACGAGAUGAUUUUAUCAAGAUGGGAUUGUGUGGAAUAAUUACAAUUCAUGGAGAGCAUAGUCAUCAUUUGAACACGGCUGAUGAUAUACAGUUUUUACCCAUCGAUCCUGAAUUAAGAAACAAAUUCUUUAACUAUUUUAGCACUGGCAUGGGUAUUUCUGAAGCAUGGAAGUUCCAUGAUCGAUUAGUUGGGAUAAAAAAGGAGAAUGGAGGAGAAGUUCUAAGACGUGCACACAGAAAUCCUAGUUUAAGAUCUGUUCGACAUUGGUAUAAAAUGUGGCGAAGUAAAGAUUUAAAUGCACAUAAUUGUGAUAAAAAGAAAAAACAAAAGAAAGUGAAAGUUAAAUGUGAAGAAAGUAGCAUCACUGAUACAUCAGAUAUAACUGAAACAAAGGAAAUAAGUCAAUUAAAUGA